AGAUAACAUCAGCCUCGGUGUACCGUGGCAUCACAAGAAAUGUUGAAUUGCUCUAAGCCAGCUUCCAACUACUGAUCGGUUGAUAUACCAAAGAAAACGAGGGGAAAAAAGCUGGACCUCAAUAACAAGACAAUUGGCUCUACGUCUGUAGAGUAGGGAACGUUACGAGUGUGAAAACGGGCUGAGGGUGAAUCCGAAUAAAAAACAAAAAAAAAAGGGGCCUAAACAAAAGCUCGAGUCAUUCUUUCCCUCGUUUUUGCUCGCUGGAUCCCUAGGAUCGACAUCAACGCGAUAGCACCGGACAAAAGAAAAAAAAGAUAUUUUUGAUUUCCAAGGAUCAGCUGGACGUGGAUACGAUAGACUUAAAAGAAGAGGGGAAAAAAAGACGCUCGUGCAAGAGUGUCGUAGAGCGAGAUUUGAAUGUCUCACGGGAGGGAGGAUGGAAAGCGUCGCUGACGACAGUAGCGCAAUCGGCAAAGUCUUUGGACGUCGUUCACUUCAGCUAUUGACUUUGCAAGCAGCCGGUAGUACCAGCGCACCAUCAUCGACUUCUUCUUCUUGUUCCUCAUCAUCCAACUCAUCCUCUUCGUCUUUACAGUGUCAACACAGCGACGAAUCCACACCAACUGUCACCGUCGCUCACGAACUUCAAAACUUGCUCAAGAUCGACACACGGUGCAGGUCGACCGAGUACAACAACAACAACAGGUUGAUCACAAACAGAUCCGAAGAUCGAAUUAUAAACAAUUCAAUCAUGUCUUCCUAUCACGGAGGGGAAGAGAUGUUGGCUUCUUCGACGGGCGUCCAUCGUGGACCGACCCGCCCCGAAGGCGAAGAGUCGACAGUUGCAUCUAAAAUGGGUCAACACGAUCAACACGACGCCGACCUCACCAACAACAAUCAGAGGGACGUCCUGAUCCGUUCGUCCUAUCACCACCAUCACCAGCAAGAGCAACAACAACAACACCAAGAGCAGCAACAACAACAACAUCAGGAUCCGUCCUACGUCAAAAAAGAGGAUCACCUCUUCUCGUCCUCUUGUCUCUACACAGAGUCGUUGGCAGCAGCCGCAGCGGCCGUGGCGGCCGCAGCAGCUGCUGGUGUCAAACAAGAAGAUCUUCAUCACCACCACCACCAUCAGCAACAUCAACAACAACACGGAAACAACAAUAGCAGUAACUACGUCAAGUUGGAACAAUCUGCCGAGCAAUUGCAUCAAUUGCAGCAGCAACAACAACAGCAUCAACAACAAUCAACCGGGCAUGACAUUCACGCAAGUCUUUAUCAUUCCGCUUUAUACGCUGGACCCGUCUACGGGUCCGGCGGCUCCGCAACGUCCGCAAUGAGUCACCAGACGGGCUACGUCGAUUUCGGACGGCCUGAAUUGACUGACCAUUACUCGGCUUUACAAAAGUUAAGCUGCUCAUUCCCUCCGCCGAGUGGGCCUCCGCCUACGCUGGAUUGCGGACCCAUCAGCCGAGCGAAUUCGGUGGUACAACAACAACAACUAUCAUCAACCGAUUGCUUGCAACAGCAAACGGCUACAACAAUCAACAACAGUGCGACGGGAAGCAGCAGCGGCUACCGGAUGAUGAGUCCAUCGGCUGCUGCAGCGGCCGCCGCCGCCGCAGUGGCAGCCAUGUCUACCCCGCUAUACGCCAUGUCGUCAUUGGGCUAUUCAGAUUGGGGCACGGCCAGCACGGGAGCCAUAACCUCUUCCUCAUCGGGAACGGCACCGACAGUUGGCAGUGCCAACAGUUCCAGCAGUCAUCGGACCAGUUCCUCAUCAAAUUCAACGCCUCUAACCAAAGAUACAAACAAAUGUCCAACGCCGGGAUGCAGCGGCCAGGGUCACGUGACCGGACUUUACACCCAUCACCGGAGCCUAUCGGGAUGCCCCAGGAAGGAUAAAGUCACGCCUGAAAUAUUAGCCAUGCACGAAACUAUCGUCAAAUGCCCGACGCCAGGCUGCACGGGACGGGGACACGUUAGCAGCGGUAGGACAUCGCACAGGAGUCUGUCUGGCUGUCCGUUAGCGGCCGCUGUUCGACAAAGUAAUAGGAAUAGACAGCGCUUAUCACAACCCUCAUCCAGCAGCAGCGGCGCAUCGGCCAUCGCAACUUUGACAGUCAGUCACAAAAAUUCUGGCGGAAGCAAAAAUGGAAGCGCUGAUUUAAGUUCAUCGAUUAUCAGCAAAUCAUUGACGUCCGCAAGCCAACAACAUAUGGGAGGUCAACUUGCGACCACGCCCAGUCCAGUCAGUCCGCCCUACCACCAUCACCAACAUUCGCAUCUAAGCCAUUCGAUUUCGACGCCCACCCAUCAACAAAAUCAGGCCCUUCAUCAGGUAUUGUCAGGUCGCAUCGGACUGAGCGGAUCAAAUAACAAACGGAAUAGCGAUGGAAGGAGCAAUAGCGAUUGCAACGAUAACUUGACAAGCGGCGGAUUGGUCGACUCGUCCUACAGCGGAAUUUCUCAAACGCACCCGCACAUCACCUCGGUCACCAAUGCAAAAAAGAGCCGAAGAGCUAGCGAUUUGAUGAUGAUGGAUCACGUUAGCAGCGGCAGCCAUCAUCACCUGAAGUCCUCCGUCGACGGCAAUAGUUCCUGCCGCUCUACUCCGCUCACGCCCCUCUCCUCUAAAUCCGGCGGAAGUCAAGACGGCAGUUCCAGUCCUGGAAACGGCGCUUCUCCUUCCUUGUUCCACCAACAAUCGUCGUCCUUCCGAACACCUUCAGCCAUGAUGAGUGGCAUGAUGAUGGCCGGGAGUAGCGUCAACGAUCCUACGUCCGUAACGGCCUAUCAUCAAACUGCUCCCACGGCCUACUACCAGCAACCUUACUAUCACCACUUGUACCCUAAUCCACACCACCAACCCCACCACCAUCACCAUCCUGGAUAUUAUCAAACGACUCAUCAUCAUCACCACCAAGGAUGGACGACAGACUUCACGGCUGGACUGCACCAUCACCACCAUCCGGGAGCUUCCGUCGUUCCGCCAGUUCCCAUGGCCCUACCACCCUCUGCUGUUAUAAGUAGCGCAACCACAAUAACCCCUGCAGUAGCAGCGGUAGCGACCGCUUAUCAACAUUCGUUUCCCUUAACACCCGACGGUAGUUGCGGCAAUCCGGCCGGAACGGCGGCUGGAGAAAACGUUACGGGUAGUAAUAGCGGGGGAGUAACGUCGUCUGCUAUUUACGAAACAAACGCAUUGCAAAAUAACAAGGGCAAUAAUAAAGAUUCUAUGGGAUCCGAUGAUCACAAUCAGCAACGACAACAAGAAUCUUACAGCGCUAUUCAAGCAGACGGCGUGGCCGGAGUGGAUAAUGGCCAAGGCUUGAUCCAGCAACAAUCAGAAAGCGGAGACCACCACGCCCCGUCUUAUUACACAAAUGUCGGAAAUGCAUUCACACCGUGCAGUACAGCCAUCAACUUAUCGGUGAAAUGCAGUUUAGAAGCGCCUCCAUCAACAAUCAACGGAUCGGAAAAUGGGGAUUACAACGGGCAAAAUAGCAGCGAUCCCUAUACGAUCACCGUGCAACAACACAAAGAGACAAAAUUGAACAGCAGUUUACAGCCAGAAGAGCAAACUGAUCCGUUAGAUUUUUCCUGCGGAGGCGGAUCGAAUAGCGACGAAUUGAUCCAGCAACAACAACACAGCGAAAACACGGACGUCUACAUUGGCGACACAGCAUCGGCUGCAGCGGCCAAAGCAGCGGCACAUUCCUACGCUUUCGGGCGGCCGUUACACGCCGAUUAUUCUGCCGCCGAACGCUCUUUCUAUUACCGCGACACGUUGGGCUACAAUGGAUCUCAAACUGCCGUGUCUUAUAACGGAUACGGAGGCUCAAAUGGACCCGAUCCCGCAGCCUAUCAAUGUUCCAAUUUCGCAAACGGAAACGACACCCAUUUCCAAUACGGUGGAGUUGGAGGGAGCCCUGUAGCGACACCAGCGUCACCUAUGUUAACAUCUGCCUGUUACACGCAUCCGGUAAGGGUAGCAACCACCGCUGGAUCGACAACGGCAUCCCUGAUUUUCGGCGUUUCGUCGUCGGCUCAUGAUAAAUCCAGCGACUCGUCGUCGCUCUGCAUCUUACGCGGUGGAUCUUCGGAAAACGGAAAAAUGGCAAUGUUGGCAGCCAAUGCGGCAACAGCUACCGGUAUGACGCAAAAUCAAGAAUUGAAAUGCCCGACGCUUGGGUGCGACGGUUCGGGUCACACGACGGGAAACUACGCCACCCACCGCACCCUGUCAGGCUGUCCACGGGCCAGCGCAGCCGGAACAAAUAGCAGAACAAGGACUAGCACUAGGGACACCAGCACCGAGCCGUUACGGUGAUUGCGCUGUCGACAGAUGGCUCUAACCAGGUGAUAUAUAAUUAACCGCUUUUACCCGCCGAGUUUCCAAGAGAAAACCUGCUGUCCUCAUGCACGAAAAAAUGAUUCUCUAUCCUCGUGAUGCCAUCUAGCGACCGCUGUUCAAUGCACAUCUUUGUGACGAAGUUUCAGAGGACGGACAAAUUCGUAAGAAACUCGGAACAAAAAGCCUUCGCGCUCAACAACCGACAAAAGUGCAUUCGGAUCAACAAAAGAACAACGCAAAUAAUGGAAGCGGAAGAUUUGGCAAGUGAAUGACUGUUGCGUAAAAAUAGGCGCUUGCAAAUGUACAAUAGAAACGAAAACAAGUAUUUCCACAUCUCAAGUUGCUCCAUGACAACCCCGCUAUUAUUCAACAGACGACAAAGCGAGCUGUGUACCUAUACAAAACAGGCCGCUCGUACCCAGAAAACAGAAAAACGCAAUCGGGAAAUAUUCAAGCCCACAACAACCAGAAUGCAAUACUACACCAAAAACAUAAACACGGUCAACAAGGUGUUUUGGGACAGGUCGACAUUACUCAGGCUUCAUAUCCAACCUGUUUCAAGCACAAUUGCAUUCACUACUACACAUGCACAGGCUGGCUGUCCAUUGUCCAUUCAUCCGAUCCCACUUUCAAAGUCAAUCUUUUAUCAAAUAAAACGCGCGUUUUUCAGACUGCUGAUGCAAAAAAAGAAGAAAAUCAUCUACAUCUGUUUUUGUUUUGUGCAUAACCAAGACCCCAGUUAAAAAGUAUGUCGUGCAUACAGUACAGAUAUAUAGACAUAUAUCCAAAAACCUUCUGUCAAUUGUCGUCACUCUGAAAAUGUUAUUUGUGUUACAUGGCCAAACAAUUUCCCACUAACUAGUCACUGACUUUUUAAAAACCCAUUUGUUUGAUUUUCCUACUACUAGAAUUUCUAGUCAAAAAUUCGAUUUAGUCCUAAAGCAAAACGACGCCAUUUGCUUUCAGUCACUUUCCCAACAAAUGUAAAAAUAAAAGCACAAAAAAGUACUGAAUGACCUUCAACCAACAGAAAUAAACAUGGUGGACAGAAAAAAAAGAAAAAAACGAAAGAAAAAAAAGGCAAACAUGGAAAUUUUCUCCGGUGAAAUGUGUUAAUUGUAUCAAGGGGCAUUUUCAAGCGAUGGAAUCGCUAUUCAUUUUUUAUGUCCCCCAACCUCAACGAUGUUUUAAUGGAAAUUGAAAAAUUUCUUUCUGUUUUUUUUUCUGUGAUUAUCUGUGCACGCUAUCUGUAUUUUGGCGGGAAACUGAAAUGGCCAAUGUUCCUUCCCCUCACCCCGAACUAAUAUGGCACGUGUAACGUCGUUUGUUCUGAUUGAUAGGUGUCCAUUCCCAGCCGAAAACAAAGAUAUUCAAAUUUCUCAGUCACUUGUUAAUCCCUUGAUUUCUCUUUGUUUUAUCUUCAACCCCCAAACAUGAGAUUCCCCUGUUGUUCAAUGGCUCUUUUACACCCCUUGAUUCAGUUUACGUGAAACAAAAAGAAAAAAAAAAGAUGUCAGAAAAAUUGCGACCUUUGUUCGGUGUGUUAACCUUGUUGUGUCUUGUUUACAAUAUGGUUCGAAUGGUGUUCUUUCCUUUGUCUCCUCAAAAAUUGAUCUCUGGUUCUUGACGUUCGAAAAACAUAGAAUUCGACUUCAUUUAAUCAAGUUUGUGUGUGAGAGAAUGAAAAUAAACGUUACUGAAUUUCCUCAA